UCUGCGGUGUGUAGGCUACUUGAAGAAGGACGCGGGACAGUCCAGCUUCCCUUUCCGCUCUAGGCGUCAACUCUGCUCAUUUGGCGCAGUGUUUUUUUCAGCAUACGCGGGCCAUCAAAUCACACUGAGGCGAGAACGCAGCGCCAAUAUCUGCGGGUAAAGUUUCAAAGUUACCAAACAGUAGGACUAGACAUCUUUUCCACCAACGUAAGUCGAUUAUUGGGACGGUUAUAGCAUGAAGUGCUAAGUAUUUCAGCAUGACUGUCUGGUUUAGUGUAGAGGCAAAUUAGUUGUCAGAGUUAAACCCGCCGCAAGUGUUGAGGCUUAUCGGGUCGCGGUGUGUCUUCGGUGUUUCCAUUGAGCUUAACCCCCAUUGAAGACCACAACACAGGCCUAUUAUUGACGAUAGGGGACAAGUUAGAUUAUAGUGGAAAAACCAAACUUUUGGAUUGCUCAAUUUGUAGAAUUUGUGAUCCCAACUAAUCGAGUUACUGCUAUAGAUAAUAUGUAACGUUAGUUCUUAAUGAGAUGUUACAUGGCGAAGAGACAUAUAGGCCUGAAGCAUAACGUUAGCAGAUAACGGGAAAGUGUUUAGUUCAGCGUUCAGUUGCAACACAUGCCAGUUGCAGGGGCUAUUUACGUUGACAUGCCACUCGCUGAAACCCAUCUAAAAAUAAACCUACGGCCACAGAUUUAAAAUGUCAUCGCCAACAGCCUAUUGGGGGUAAUUUGUAAGAUGUAUGGCUGUCGAGUCACGACUGCUGGUUCAGCCCCUGCUGACGCUUACCCACCUGCUACAAUCACCUGAGGGGAAUUGAUUGCAGCGCUUGUGUUUGCAAGUACCCCGAAUGCCUUUUUUUUGUUGUAGGUUAGGACUUGAGAACCACACAGGCCCCUAGAGCCGCCUCGUCUUGACCUGGGUCUUUUUGACCAUGUCUUCCUCAUAUGCUGCAGCAUUUUCAGCACUGUCCCUUAAGCCACAGGAAAAUACAAAGCAUCCUCCCAGCGCUCCGCCUCCCUCAGACAUAGAGGUUAGUGUUGUUAACGGUGCCCCGAACCAGCCCGACCAUCCCACUAUUCACCCAGCAGCACCUGUGGUAGUUCCCCAAACAACCUCCUCCGAGCUUUUAGGACUUGAGGAUGAACAGCAGGAGAGUUCAGAGGAUUACUGUGUAGGUGGCUACUACGCUGUGGAAAUUGGGGAGAUCUUCAUCGACCGCUACCAAGUGGUGAGGAAGCUGGGAUGGGGUCAUUUCUCCACAGUGUGGCUCUGCUGGGACAUGGAGAAGAGCCACUUCGUUGCUCUGAAGGUGGUGAAGAGUGCGACAGUAUUCACAGAGACGGCUCUCGAUGAGAUCAAACUGCUGAAAUGUGUGAGAGACAGCGACCCUAAGGACCCUACAAGAGAGAAUGUGGUAAAGCUCAUUGAUGACUUCAGGGUCACCGGAGUGAACGGACAGCAACACGUGUGCAUGGUUCUGGAAGUGCUGGGCCACCAGCUCCUGAAGUGGAUCAUAAAGUCCAACUACCACGGCCUCCCCCUGCCCUGCGUGAGGAGCAUCAUCAAACAGGUUCUGCAGGGCUUGGAUUAUUUGCACACAAAAUGCAAGAUUAUCCACACGGACAUCAAGCCCGAGAACAUCCUUUUGAGGGUGGACGAGGUUUACAUUCAGAGACUAGCGGCCAACACCAAACUGUGGCAGCUUCCCAAAUCCCCAGCGUCCCCCAGCUGCUCGCAAAAUACCAGCACCAGAGAGAAACAGAGCCUUUUCAACCUGCUGGGGAAGCUCAACGGGGUUUUCCACACAUUGGGAACGUGGACGGGCAGGGUCUCCCGGCGCCAGAUGAGCAGACUGAGCAGGAAGGAGCACAGGAAGCGUGAUGGCGGUGGAAGGGACGGCGGGGGGAGCACAGCGGGCCGUGGUCAAGGAUUCAAACGUCACGUGUCGUUUGUUGAUGACCUGACGCCGCCCGGCACCCCUAGCCACGACUGCCCUUUGAAGCAGCAGCGACGCCGGCCCGACAAACCCUUCCACAGACGGAGCAUGAUGCUGUUGGAAGACCUCGACCCGGAACAGAGCUACCCUGACACACUACCCUCUCCCUGCUCUCUAACAGCAGCACGCUCCCCCAAGGCCCGACCCCGAUCUCUGUUGCUGCACCAGACUGCAGAGAACCACCAACAGACAUCGCUGUCUUCGUCGUUACAAGGUGUGGCUGAGGUGGGGCCGGUAUCGGACGGAGACACAGUUGACUCUGUAGACGUGCUUGUGAACCUGCUUAAGCCAGAGAACGCUGACAAGAUCUUAAUCAAGAUCGCUGACCUGGGAAACGCCUGCUGGGUGAACAAGCACUUCAGUGAGGACAUCCAGACGUGUCAGUACCGCUCGGUGGAGGUGCUGAUCGGCGCUGACUACGGCCCUCCCGCCGACAUCUGGAGCACCGCCUGCAUGGACAACUGCGCCGCAUCUCCAAGCUGAAGCCGUGGAGCCUGUGUGAGAUCCUGCAGGAUAAGUUUGAGUGGCGACGGGAGCAGGCGGCCCAGUUCAGCUCCUUCCUGCUCACCAUGCUGGAGCCCCAGCCGGGAAAGAGAGCCACGGCUACACAGUGUUUACGACACCCCUGGCUGGUGGCUGUCUCAUAGACAGACCAAAACCCCUAGCUUGUACCUCUCACUACACUACACACUUGUUGCAUUGUGGUCAAGGGUUGAUUACCGCACGGGUGAACCGGGCACAUGCCCAGGGGCCCCAAGGGCUCAGGGGGGCCCUAAGCCGCUGAAGUCGCUGUUAGUAACUUUUAAUGUUGCAUUGUCGAAGCAAUCAGUAGAGAAAUACAAAAAUCCAAGCGAAAACAGCAAUAGUAGGUCAAUUACUACUGAGUAAAAAAAAUAAAGAUUACUAGGGGACACUAUUUCAUUUUGUGAUUUUGAGACCGGUCACUCACAGGCCACGAACAAGGCACUGUGAUUUAAACAUGGAGCAACGGCAAACGGUUGUAACAGUGAACUCUUAAGUGGAACAGCUAAGCAAAGAAAGAAAGAAACAAGAGAAAAUGUAUUUGCUGUUGACUUUUAUUGAGGCCGCCGUGCCUGCGCAGUUCACUUUACUUAGCUGAUCCGUCACUUUCUUAUUGAACAGCCUCAAGAAAAUUAUAUUUGACUCAAAUCGACAAAAAUGGCAACCCUUGUAAAUCCUGUUUUGUUGAAAUAAAGAUGCAUUUAUUUGUAUCUUUUUUUUUGGGGGGGGGGGGGGGGGGUAUCUCAUAAUCUGUCUAUGAUUGUGGUGGAAUCAUUUAUUAACUUUUUAUGGCUUCCGCCAUAUUGCAACUUCCGGCACUUACAAAAUAUUGGAAGUGCCAGAAGCUCGGGAAUAGUUGUUUGCGUAGCGGUGCGUUUUCGCCAUCAUUUAUUUCUCAAAACCUUGCAGUUAAUUGCAACUGCGAUGCAUGAAUUAUGCUGCUUUAUCAUCAGCCUGAGGACAUGACCCAUGACGCUAUUUUCGUAAUUCACAAUAAAUCUACUCAUUAUGAU